GUGAUUGUGAUGUACAGUUGAACACAAGAGAGUGUUGGUCUGUGAUGCAGCAGGUCGCGGCGCCUGCGCUGACCCCAGCAGUCGGCGGCCGGAUGGAGUAAGCGGACAUUGUCCGGCUAGACACGCUUCACUGGUGCGCGCGCUGUUGCGCCGAUCUUUCACCUUCGCAAUAUUGACGCCUAUAAAACCUUGUCAUUUCAAUAAUGUGAAGUUACUUUCAUUCGAACACAAACGAAGAAUACAACUCCAUUAUCUGAACAAUAUUUUUCGUUAAAAUAUCUUAUUUGGGUGUAAACCCAUGUCAUUCAAAAUGUCCAAACUCGGAUGUUUGUUGUUGGUCUGGGCGGUAUGUGAAGGCGUAGUUGCCAACGAAGAACGAAAUGGAUUCGUACAACCACUGGACUUUGGGCCACUAUUUGAUUCAGGCGUUACUUCGCUGGCUUCAGAACCUAUUGCGGAUGCAGUACUAAAAGUAGAUAAAAAUCAAUAUCCAAAACUAUUCGAUACUGUUGUUAGUAGUUCUAUCGAUUCUUUGCAUACUCGUGUAGCGCCCAUAGAGAGGGCAUUUUCUGCCGAUAGUUUUGGUUUUAACCCAAUUGCGAGUCAAAGCUUCCUACCACCUGCGAAAGCCGCUAAAUUAGUUGCGCAACCAAAACAACAUAGUCAGCUUCAAGCGAUACCUAUUGGCCAACAGCUUUCUCCCUUGAGAUAUGAUAUCCGCACUGUCCAUGAUGCGGACUAUAAAGUGUACAAGCCUGAGGAAGAGGAACAGGGAGAAGAGAUUUUAGCCGCUUUGAGAAAAAAUCCUAGUGUGGCUGCUUAUUUCAAACCUACGCAAACCAAUGUUGAAGUAGCUCAUCCAUUAAACUACCGCAAGGAAGAACUGAGCGAAAAUGCUGAAAUCGAACAGAACUACAAGCCAAAUGCUUAUAUUCCAGGACCAGCACGUAUCCGUCGCUACACUAGCGGAAGACAAAGGGAAAACUUGAAGAAAAGCAGCGACGAUGACGAUGAUCCUUACAACUACAACGUUGAAUAUAUUUCAAAGCCCAAAGCUUUCGACACACCACUGUACAGCAGCGCUUAUAAAGAAAAGAAGGACUCCAACAAAGAUUACGAAUAUCCCUACAGUUAUGAUUCUGGGUAUGACCAUAAGGAAUACGAAAGAAUUAAACAACUGUCAGAGAAACAGGCUGCAGAAAUUAAACAAAACCCUGGAAAUUGUAAGGAGGUCAAAAAAGACGGCAUGACAUGCACGACAUGCAAGGACCCGAAGACUGGUGGAAACUUUGAAUCAUGUUCAUAUGUGGCAGAACCAAAGAACAACAAGUAUGCUUACUCAAAGGAAAGAAAAUUCGACAGCAACGAUGAACCUGAUGAAGCUGAUGCACCGCAACAAGCUGAACCAGCACAAAAAUCCGAAAAAUAUGUGCAGGCCGAUGACAGCAGUGAACAAAAGUACUCGAAGUCAGCAGCUCCUGAAGAAAAUCACGAUUCUGGUUCCGGAGAAAAAUAUAAGGCCUACUACACUCACUCUUCCAAACCCACUCCCAGCGAAGCUUUGCGUGCGGCUGACGACAAGCAAAGUUCCGAAGAAGAAGGAGACGGUUCGUCAGGCAAGGCUUACGAUUACAAGAAAGCUAUACCUGGCUUUUAUACUGAUAAUGAGCCCAAAAAAGAUGUGGAACACGUUUUAGCUGAAUUUAAGAAAAAGGACAGAUCUUCAUGUAAAAAGGUGCAGAAGAAUGGAAUGACUUGUUAUCAAUGUAUUGAUAAAAAUGGCUUGAAAAAUGAAGAGUGUAUGUUUGUGUCAGAAUCGGCACCAAAAAGGAGCCAUUUGGCCUACCAAGAAUUGAAAGAAUUUACGUCAAAGCCCGCAACUCUCGACCAGGGUAAUAAUGAGGGCGCGGAAAGCAAAACGGUGACUACAAGUGCACCUCCAGCUCAGAAGUCUGCUGCGUAUGUAGUAGACAACACCAACUAUGGAAAAAAGUUAAAGCGUAAGAAGGCACCUCAAAGUAUCGCUGCUGCAGCCACCAGCCCAGUCGCUAGUGCUGUGAAACCACAGCCUGCAGCGGCUAACCCGCGUAAAACCAAGAGAAGUGUAGAGGCUGACGCCGAACAAAAAGCUCAAAUUGAAGAUGUGUCUAAUAUAGCACAACCUGAAGAAUUCGCGGGUAGCGACUCUAGGGGAGCUUUUUGGGCCGACACCAUGCCUAGAUACAGCGCAUCAUUAGGCGUUACACUGCCUGAAUACAUGCUGUCAAGGUCGGAGCAUGAACUUUCGUUUGAUGAAACCGUCGCGAGCGCGUAAAAGAUAUCUAAGGCUUUGACUUGUUAGCCAACAAAUACAGUAUAAGUAGAGCGUGUCGGUUGUACAACGCUUUAGAUAAAACCUGAACAAACGGUAACGGGUAUCCGUUGCGUAAUGGCACAAUAAGAUUUCACAGACUGACGUGUUCCGAGUCAGAUAUGGAAAACAAAUUCGCAGCCACAUCGGAAAAUUGUUGAUAGUGUUUUUGUUGGCUUAUAAUAUUAUAAUGAAAUUAGUGGAAAUGUGCAGUAAGGCGUAGAAAUACAAAUAUAUGUUAAGGAUGUAUUGACGAACUUGGUAGGGCUGAUGACUGUCCAUUUUAUCUGAAGUACUUAUAUUACGUUGUUAACUAGUUAUAGAUGUUAUGAAAAUAAUUAAAUUUGAUGUUAUUGUUAUUCUUAUUUUGGUCUUUAUUUUUAUAAACUACCUCAGCAAAAACUUAACUUGCUUUGAAAGUUCAUAAUUUGUUAACAGAGACGCAGAUAAAUUAUAUUGGUGUUGUGUCUCGUUAAUUCAAAUUGAAGACAUAAUUUUAUAUUUUUAUUAGACUCAGUCACGUACAUCUGGACUAGCUAGAUUGCAUUACUUAUUUGGCGCUGUGAAUAACAAUUUAAUGUUAAACAGUGGAGUGUAGGUUUCUUCCGCAAUCGUUAAGUAUUAGCUGCUAUGUGGGCUUUGUGGAAACUGUAACGAAUUUCCGUAUACUCGAGCGAUAUUCCCAGAUCGAUGCAUCUAUUAUUGGAAUGAACUGUAACUCACUAGGGUUCAUUAAAAGUUAAUUUGAUUUCGUGGUGCUAACUCACUGGCUUAACCUACUAAUAGUUUAGUAGUAGUAAGUAGCUUUAACUCAAAAUGGGGGCGUAAGUUUGCGACGGCUUAGGACUUAGGACAAAACCCUAUCUACUUAUGUUGGCUCUGUAAACGUUAUAAUAAAAACGAUGUUUUAAAAGCUGGUAAUAAAUAGUACCCUUAUUAUUAAUUCUGUCCAUAUGGUGUGUGGUACGAAAACUACACAAUACCUAUCAAUACUAUAACUGAACUAAAUCGUUAGGUCACAAUUGUUGGCAUGAUAUUCGGUCACUGUCCUAGAUGUCAAUACUGUUUUUAAUGUUUCUAUUUUUACUGGUAAUUGUGCAAGAUACAAGCGUCACUAAGGAACAGUCUCGUAAGCACAAGCUAGGCAACCAGACUUCGGAAGAAAGUGAUUAAUUUCAGUCGUAAGCUGGUCAUACAACUGCACAGUGUUCUGGGCGUUCUUUAUUUAAAUAUAUCCGUGUAAGAUCGGAAGCCAAUAAUAAAGUAGCAGUUAGAUCUCGUUUGUUUAGUGUAGUGACCGCACUUGUACAUUGCAUGCCAGUUACUGUUCAGUUUGUGUUGUUGAACUUUCU